ACAGAGGCGCUCGGUCCUGUUCUUGUUCAGUGUUUAUACGGUAUAUUCCAUUUGUAGUAAGAAACAAAUGAAAACAAUCUAUUUAUUUAGCGAAGCUUUUGUAAAUAUAUAAAUCUGUAUUUUUUACAAUGGAUAUGAGAUGCUGCCUGUUUCUCCGCUUUGCUCUGCUUGCUAUUUGUUCCAUUUUAUGUACUGUGGACAUUUCUGCUGGUGAAAAACAAUAUCUCAAUGAAUGGGCAGUGGAGAUCCCCGGAGGUCCUGAUGCUGCCAGAGCUAUAGCUGAAGAAUUAGACUAUGAAUUAGUCAGACAGAUCGGAUCACUUGAAAAUCACUAUUUAUUUAAACACCAAAGUCACCCAAGAAGAUCUAAAAGAAAUGCAGAUCACUUCACCAAGAGGCUAUCAGAGGACGAAAGGGUGUCCUGGGCAGAGCAGCAGUAUGAGAAGCAGAGAAGGAAACGGACUCCCCUUCGAGACUGUAUAGACUGCGCAGUGGAGAAGCUGUUUGAUGACCCAAUGUGGAACCAGCAGUGGUAUCUGCAAGACACAAGGACCUCACCCUCACUGCCCAAACUGGACCUCCAUGUUAUCCCAGUGUGGAAGAAGGGAAUCACAGGCAAAGGCGUUGUCAUAACAGUGCUGGACGAUGGGCUGGAAUGGAACCACACCGACAUCUUCAGGAACUACGAUCCAGAAGCAAGCUUCGAUUUCAAUGACAACGAUCCAGAUCCCUUUCCACGAUACGACCCAACCAAUGAAAACAAGCACGGCACCCGGUGUGCAGGAGAGAUCGCCAUGCAGGCGGAUAACAAGAAGUGUGGAGUAGGGGUGGCUUACAACUCAAGAGUAGGAGGGAUUAGGAUGCUGGACGGGAUAGUGACAGACGCCAUUGAGGCCAGCUCCAUUGGGUUCCACCCAGAUCAUGUGGACAUCUACAGUGCCAGCUGGGGGCCCAACGAUGACGGCAAAACUGUGGAGGGGCCUGGGCGGCUCGCACAGAAGGCCUUUGAGUAUGGCAUUCAGAAGGGCCGUGGUGGAAAAGGCUCCAUCUUUGUGUGGGCGUCCGGGAACGGGGGCCGUCAGGGGGACAACUGUGACUGUGACGGCUACACAGACAGCCUCUACACCAUCUCCAUCAGCAGUGCUUCACAGCAGGGCCUGUCUCCCUGGUAUGCAGAGAAGUGCUCCUCAACGCUGGCUACAGCCUACAGCAGUGGGGACUACACUGAUCAGAGGAUUACCAGUGCAGAUCUUCACAAUGAAUGCACUGAGACCCACACCGGGACCUCUGCCUCGGCACCAUUGGCUGCAGGGAUUUUCGCCCUCGCUCUCGAACAAAACCCCAGUCUCACCUGGAGGGAUCUGCAGCACUUGGUGGUCUGGACCUCGGAGUACGACCCUCUAUCCAGCAAUCAAGGCUGGAAGAAGAACGGGGCGGGGCUAAUGGUCAACAGCAGGUUUGGGUUCGGCCUUCUCAAUGCUAAAGCGCUGGUCGACCUGGCUGACCCCGAAGUCUGGAAGCACGUGCCAGAGAAGAAGCAGUGCAUAGUCAAAGAUGAGACCUUUGAACCCAGGACUUUGAAAGCUGCUGGCGAAGUCAUCAUCGAAAUCCCCACGAAAGGUUGUGCUGGCCAAGAAAAUGUCAUUAAAUCCCUGGAGCAUGUUCAGCUAGAGUCCAGCAUUGAAUACACUCGGAGAGGAGACCUUCGAAUUACUCUGACAUCCCCUUCAGGUACAAGCACAGUUCUGCUGGCAGAGAGGGAGAGGGACACCUCUUCCAAUGGCUUCAAGAACUGGGACUUCAUGUCAGUGCACACCUGGGGGGAGGACCCUACAGGGACCUGGACAUUAAGCAUUACCGAUGUGUCAGGAAGAAUGGAAAAUGAGGGCAGGAUUGUGAACUGGAAGCUGAUCUUACAUGGGACGUCCACGAAGCCGGAUCACAUGGAGAAGCCACGGGUUUACACCCCUUACAACACCGUGCAGAAUGACAGGAGAGGAGUGGAGAAAAUGGGCGACUCCCAGGAGGAUGCCACAGAAGACAGCGAGCCCUUGAAAGAGAAACACCGGGAGGACACAGCUGCCAAUGCCAAGACAGAGGAGAGGGCACCUUCGGAAGCCCUGAUGAGGCUGCUGCAGAACGCCUUCAACAAAAAGACUGCCCAAAGCGAGAGCCAUAACAAAGAGCAGUUCCGCAUCCCCUAUCACAACUUCUACCAAGCGCUUGACAAACUAAACAAGUAUUCCCAGCAGCAGGACUCCGAGGACAGCCUGUACAACGAUUACAGCGACGCUUUUUACAACAACAAGCCCAACAGGUACAGGGAUGAUAGACUGCUGCAGGCCUUCUUUGACAUCCUAGCCCAAGACAACCAAUAGGCGUCCAUGUGUUGAAAAUAAUCACCUGCCAGAGCUCCAUUCAGGAUUAAUUCUGAGUUUUAGUUAUUUAAUAUACAGUAUCACCAAAAGAGAGUAUUGGGCUGCAUAGGUAGGGUCACACAGCAGAUUCAAUGUUCUGAAUCUGGAGUGUGGAGUUGGCUCGUAGCCCAUUAUGUUUGAAAUCUAAUACAAAACUAAACUGGCUGUCAGUAACUUACAGAAAGUACUUCAUUGUGUUCCUGACAAGGCUACAGUUGUUUGUAGAUUGUUUGUAUUAAAAUCAAGUGAAUUUCAUGAGGUAAAGUUUGAUAAGGCUUGUUUUUCAUUUUUCAAUACAAAACAUUUGCCAAUUAGAAAUGUAAUGCUGUUUACUGAACCAGCAGAAAAGGGAGGUCAUUAAAAAAACAGGAACUGCCACACGUGCUGAUUUAUAUUUGAAUUCAUAUUAAGCAAAUAUCAAAAGAAGCAGCUUCAAAAAUCAUUUUUCUCUAAAGGCAGAUUUAGAGAAAAAUGAUAACUUAGUAUCAGAACAACGGAACUCAGAACCACUCAGAAUUACCACAUACACCACAAGAUAGGCAUUGCUUGCUCUUAUUAAUCAGUUUAUUAAAUCUUUGUAAAGACAGAUAGGCCAUCCUUGCAGGCAUUUUUAACACUCACUAGCAUAUCAGAGUUUUAGAGUACAGUAAAUACCUACUGGACAUGAAAAUUCCCUCACAAUAGACUCCGACCGCACCUGAAAGAAAAAGAUAUCUCCCGGGUUUUUAUGUGAGCCAUUGGUAGACAAUUGGGUUUUUCUAACCUUGUCUAAUGCUAUACCUGCAUCCUUAUAUCAUUACCUAAGUGUGUAGCUGCGUAGCAGUAGUUCCAGUGUGUGCUUGAAUGCACAGACGCGGGGGUUAUAAUUACCUGAAUCAGGAUGUAGUUACGCUGCCUCACAAUUCAAUUAAGUGAAAGUCAUUGUUGCAGAAUGUAAUUACAGGACGGCGUGAUUUCAUUAUGUGAUUUCUUCGGAAGUACAGUUAGGUGAUUGUGUCAAUGAAAGUGGUACGUAAGAUACUGUACCUCUGGAGCUGUGUAGGUACCAAAUCUCUGUACAAAAUACACAUUCAAAUGUGGUGGUAUAGAAAAUAAGUCAUAUUUAUGAUUUUCCAAUAAUAUAAAUCCCUGAUCUUACUCUGUCUUUCCUGGUGUGCUGUGAAGAUAUACAUUAUUUUGAUUUCCACCGCAGGUUCAUUCAUUUUACAUUAUGUUUAAUGGGGUAGCUUACUGUCACAACUCACAUGGGCUCUAAAAAAAAUCAAAUUCUUUACUCUAAUUAGUGGAUUGUCACUGUGUCUCAGUUUUUUCUUCUUUUGAAGAUCUUUUGGUUCUUUGCUCAUAGUUUUUAUUUUAAUUUGAACUAUGCAGAUGCUAGACAAUGCUAGAGAUGAAAACUCCCAUAUGCUUCCUGGGUUCUUAAUUGAUUCACAUGUUGUGGAUUGAACUCAAUAUAAAGGUCUCGCUGCAAUCAAAUCAUGCGACAUGCGUGAUUGCAGUUUAUCUACAGUGAAAUAUGUGCGGAUCCUGAGUUAACAUAAAAAACACAAUUUAAAGACUCUCGGCACAAAAACGGCAGACCAGUGGCAAUGUAAAUAAAGCUAAUAAGAGGUGACAAAGUACUGGUUAGCACUCUUUUUAACUAGUGUUCCUUCUUCCAAAUGUGAGUUGUCUAAUAUGUAUACACUUGUUGUUUAUUGUCUUUGAUAAUGUUUGUAUAAUUAUUUGCAAAACAACUAAAUUCAUAUUGACCUUAAACCGCACAAAUACUUUUUUGAGAAGCUCCAAAACUUUUUCAGGAGUUGAGAGAAGUUUGACACCUUAUUUGAUAGAAUCAAGAUAGGGAUUAAUUGUUAAUUCCAUAACGAUACAGCCUCCUGGUAGUUUCAACUUUAUCAUCUCCCAUUAUAAUCUCAUUUAAGACAACUCAGCUUGCUGGUGCGAUUACUGCUGGAAGCUGCUGCCUGAUUAAACAACAAAUAUAUAUGAAUGUAGAACUUUAUUUUAGGGUUAGGGCCUGGUGUUCUAAAGCUGGUAAAUGUACAGCAGUUACUAUUCAAUCUAUAAAUAUAAAAUCCUUUGACAAGUAUAACAUAUAUUGUAUACAUGACCUUGCUUAUCCGAAAUGCCAUUUAACAGAGUAUUGAUUGUUCUGAGAACAUUGCUGUUAUAGUGUUGAGUCCAAUGUAACUGCUAUGAAGUUAUUGUACUGUAUUUUGAAGUGUAUACUCAAUGUCAUUUAACAAGAAAGAGAUUAGGUCCUUAGUUGGUUUCAAGAUCCUAAAACAAUGACCAUUUUAUGUGGGCAGGCUCUGUAUCCUGGGACAGACCUGUGGCAGGUAAAUAUUUUCAACCCGUAAACUUGAUGUAUUGUGUAGAGUAUUUUUAUUGUUGUCUUAGUGCCUCCUGUGAUUUUUCUGUGAAAAAACAAAUGUGAAUGCAUAAAAAUCUUCUAAAUGAUAUUUUCAAAAUAUAUUUUCUUUACUUAUUUAUAGUACUGUAUACCUGAAACAAACAGCUCAACCUUAUGAAAAACAAAAAAACAAACCAAAAAAAGCAUAUAUACAGUAUAUCUUCCAAUUCCUAAGCAAGCAUCCUCCAAUAAAAUGUUGUGGGUUUUUUUUUUUAAAUAAGGAUGCUGUGUUGUUUGAACAUCUUAGUGGUUUUGAUUUUUUUUUUUUUUAAGUACUGUAUGUGAUGUUAACAUUCCCAGUUCUUUCUGAUUUAGUAUGAUCUGUCUCUUAAGUCUAAUACAGCACGUGAGAUAUGUUGCAGAAUCCAGACUGUGUGGUCUUACAUAUUCUAUUAUAGGGAAUGCACAGAGAAUACAACAACUGUACAUGCUGAAUGCAUCACGCAUCCAUUGGUUAAGAAGUCUUAUUUUCCAAAAAGCACGCAUCAUUUAAAGUAUUUGUAAUGAACAGAAACAUGCAGUUUUGAAAGAAAUGCGUCAUGGCAAACAUGCAUGUUCAUUUUAUACAUAAUAUCUGGAACUACAUUAAGUUAAGGAAAGCUCUCCAACUGAAAGCCUUACUCGCUGGAAAUCUAUUUUCCUUGCGCUUCCUUGGUAUUUUCACCUCAGCAGUGUGUUCAGAGUCACAGCAUGUUACUGGUUGAAAGCAUGUCAGCGAAUAAAGGAAGCAGCCGCUUCAUGACAGAAGUAGCUGUUGAACGUGAGAUGGGCCAAAGCAGGUUGCUUGACCUCUUACUGUACAUCAAUAUAUUUCAUCCAUGUAUUUUUUUUGUUUGAAAGCCUUUGAAACAAGCUUUACCAUCAUACUCACAUAAUUUACCAUCAACGACAUUGAGAUCAAAACAGCAAAAUGGUAUUUUUGAAGACUUCAGACACGUUUCCAGUUCCCACUAUUGGAGGCAAUAACCACACAGGAACCUCUUUCUCCAUUGCAUGGGGUUCUGUAUCAUCAGUCACAAAUGGUACAAAACUCCUCCACACAAAUAGGUUCACAUGAGCUGAAAUGCCCCUUUCAUAAUCUCCAGAAUGCAUGCUCUUCAGCAGGUUUCCCAAAAACCACAUGAGGUAGACUACAGCACCUGGGAAACGUGUUCUGCAGCUGUCUGUGCUAUGUUGAGGUGCAGAAAUAUUCCAUUGCUAAUGAUACUAUUCUAAUGUGUGUUAUAUAAUACAAGUCCAAACUGACAAUGAUUAACUGUAAGUGUGUACUUUCAUUUAGUUCUCCUGUAUUGUAUGCCCGUUUAUUAUGAAACCACAGGCUUUGAUACCUAGAGUUAAAUACAGUAUAACAAAACCUGAUUCUAUCAUGUGUAAUAGGUCAUUGAAUCAAGUUCAUGUGAAUAAUUCUGCUUUAAAACAGUGGUUAUUUUAUUACAGAUGCAUGCCUCAGGGGGAAGGCAGCACCAGUAACCCACUGCUGUCCCUCUCAUCAGGAAGCAUUAUCAAUUCACAGCUGUGAUAGAUCUCUCCCUGGGCAUUGCACGGUGCCUCUCUUAAGGAUUGUUACCU